AUGGGUAACGUUAUUUCUACGAUUGAACGUCCCCUGGUUUCAUGGCUGGCGGGUACUCAACCCCCACCCAGGAAUUCUACUAAAAAAGAAUUCAGAAAACAGCCGAACAUCCAGCCUUCUACGGACAGGUAAGUGGAUAGCGGCUGCAGGUAUAUUAGAAGAUGGGGUUCAGAGUUUGAUAAAGAGUAGAAUAAAGGAUGGUUUAUUAAUGGGCAUCAUUUCUAUAAAUAACACAGCUUUCCUGUAGAUUGAAUUGUGUUGUCAUUAUAUGAAUGGGAGUAAAAUCCUUAAAAUGUGAAUUUGUGUUUGAUACUUGUUAUUUUUCCUAACUGAUGAGAUAAAAAAUGAACACAACAAUGAAUGUGUAGCUUAGCCCAUUUGUAGUGAUUGAUAUAAAAUAGGCGGGCAUUAUAUACGGGGGUGCAAAAAAAAGGAAAAUAUAUAGCAAUUAAUAAAGGUGUUUUGAGUCCAUAAUCAGACAGCACCAUCCUGGGAUGAAAUGAGUCUUGAAGAAUUUCACAGGUUUUACACAUUAAAUCGAAUUAUUUAACCACUAUAAUACAACCCAAAUAACAAUGCAUAAUAUAUAAUGAUUUAUUUUAUCAUCUCCUAAACACACUCAGUUAUUUCAAACACAAAACAUCAAAUGUAUGAAAUAUGAGACUUCACUAAUCAUUUUCUCUUUCCUAAACAGGCUACCUCUUAAGUCAGAGCCCCAGACAUUCCCCCAAUUAUCAUCUAAUCUGGAUAUUUCUCCUGAAACUGAGAAGGGGAAGAGAUGGGAGCCACGGGAGCAGAAUGGUGGGUUUGUGGCAGAAAUUCUAAAAUGUUGCCAACAAGGCACAGAGAGACGUCGCCUUCCCCCUUCUGUUACAUCUAAAUUUGCUGUGCUUGAUAAAAGGUAAAUACUAUAUGAUCACAUUAACAAAUUGCGAUAAUAACCUCUAGGCUGGGUGCUGGAAGAAUUAGCCUGACCUUUUUUGUUUUUGUUCAAAAGCUUUAGACAUUAUGAUACCUAUGUCAGAUAUAGAAAAGAGGAGAAGAAACCUGAUGUACCAUACCAUAUUCGGGUGACUCCAAAAAAAUCCAACUUGGAAAUUCGAUAUGCUCGGCCACCUAGGUAAGUGUAUCAUGAGACACAGAAUGACAUACCAUAAUCGUAUAAGGUUAUCCAAAUAAAACUGCAGGGUCCUCAGUAAACCAAUACCCUGGUUCUCUCACUGGCUGUCUGUGUACAUAGGAAACCAAUGAGAGAAGAACCACAGAUAGAGAAAGAUGUCAAUGGUCUUUCUGAGCCAACAUCACAAAUUUCUGAGGAGUACUACAGCAACUUGACUUACCAGGAAUUACCUAAUUUCUAUAAGAUAUGUAUUUUAAUAUAAACAGAAGCUUUAAUGGUACAAAUUAGACUAUUUACUGUAAUUACUGUAACCAGAAUGUAAUGUGCGUAACAUAAAUGAUCUGAUAGUGUCACUAUAAGCUGUGCAAUAAUGACUGAUAGAGUACGAGUGAUAGGGUAGCUGAUGGACUGAAAGUGAGAAGAAAGCUGAAGACGAAUAAGAUAAGUGACAAAAUGGGCUGAUGGAUGGAAAGGGAGAAAAGGAUAUAAUUGUUAGAACUGUAUUUUAACGUUUCCUAUUUUAAUUGCAGGGACCCAUUCCUAUUCUCUAAGGUGAAGCCUAAAUUACUUCCAAAACAAUACAAAACAACUAAAAAGGCUGAAAGUGUAAAUUAUUGUGCAGAGUGUCAUAAACAGGAUAAUAUUCUACAGCCUGAACCUGUCACAAGUCUAGAGGAUAUUCCUUAUCGGCCUUCUACGGACAGGUAAGUGGACAGUUGCUGCAGGUAUAUUAGAUGGGGUUAUUGGAAGAUGGGGUCAGAGUUCGAUAGAGGUUAGAAUAAAGGAUGGUUUGUUAAUGGGCAUCAUUUCUGUAAAUAACAUUAUGAAAUCUACUGGAAAGUUCUUUAAAUGAAUGGUAGUAAUCUAAGAGGUAAAAGCCUUAAAAUUGAAUUUGAGUUUCACCUUUUAGUUAUUUUUCUAAACAGAUGAGAUUAAAAAAAAAAGAUCAAAUCCAUGAAUGUGUUCAGCCUAGCUCAUUUGCAGUGAUGGCAUUUGAAAAGAAAAAAAAAAAGCAGGCAUGAUAUACAGGGGUGUUUAAAAAAAAAAGUAAAAUAUAUAGGAAUAAAGGGACACUAUAGUCACCAGAACAACUACAGCUUAAUAUAGUGAUUGUGGUGUCUAUAGUCUGUCCUUGCAGGUUUUGUAAUGUAAAAAAUGUGUUUACAUUGCUCCUUAGGGACACUUCCAGUGGCAGUCACUCAGACAGCCACUAUAGGUGCUUCCUGUGGCAGUGCUGCAGAGUGUGCAGCAUUGACAUUCAGCAUCUCCACGCUCUGCAUGAAGACACUGAACAUUCCUCUUCAAGAUGCAUCAAUUUUUGAUUGGCCAGGGCAGCAUUGCCUCCGCCCCCAGCAUGCCUCCUUGGUUGAGAUAAUCAAAAUUGACUAUCUUAGCCAAUUCAGUGCUUUCUUAAGGUAAAGCAUUGGAUUGGCUAAGAUCAAUUAUAAAUAUGUCAGCCAAGGAGGCAGAUCAGGGGUGGAGCCAGAUGCAAGGAGCCCCACGUGGCAUUGGAAAAAAGUGAGUUUUUAUCCUUUUACUUUCCUGGCAGGGGGCUGAGGGACUAAAUAAUAUAUCUAUAGUGUCAGAAAUACAUAUUGAAUUAUUUAAUCAUUACAAUACAACCCAAAUAGCAAUGCAUAAUAUCUCAUGGCUUCUUGUAUCAUCUCCUAAACACACUCUGUUAUUCCAGAGAUAUAACAUCAAUUUAUUAAUGACCUUUUUGUUUUCUGGUGUGUUUUUCUUCAAAUUCUUUAGACAUUAUAAUAACUAUGUCAGAUUUGGAAAAGAGGAGAAGAUUCCCGAUGUACCAUACUAUAUUCGGGUGACUCCAAGAGAAACUAACCAACUAAUGACAUGUGCUCGGCCACCUAGGUAAGUGUAUCAUGAGACACAGAAUGACCGACCAUAAUCUUAUAAGGUUAUCCAAAUAAACCUUCAGUGUCCUCAGUAAACCAAUAUCUUGGUUCUCUCACUGGCUGUCUGUGUACACAGGAAACCAAUGAGAGAAGAAACACAGAUAGAGAAAGAUGUCAAUGCUCUUUCUGAGCCAACAUCACAAAUCUCAAAUUGGAAUAUUUAAUCAUUACAAUACAACCCAAAUAGCAAUGCAUAAUAUCUAAUGGCUUCUUGUAUCAUCUCUUAAACACACUCUGUUAUUCCAGAAAUAUAACAUCAAUUUAUUAAUGACCUUUUUGUUUUCUGGUGUGUUUUUCUUCAAAUUCUUUAGACAUUAUAAUAACUAUGUCAGAUUUGUCAAAGAGGAGAAGAUUCCCGAUGUACCAUACUAUAUUCGGGUGACUCCACGAGAAACUAACCAACUAAUGACAUGUGCUCGGCCACCUAGGUAAGUGUAUCAUGAGACACAGAAUGACCGACCAUAAUCCUAUAAGGUUAUCCAAAUAAACCUUCAGUGUCCUCAGUAAACCAAUACCCUGGUUCUCUCAUUGGCUGUCUGUGUACACAGGAAACCAAUGAGAGAAGAACCACAGACAGAGAAAGAUGUCAAUGCUCUUUCUGAGUAAACAUCACAAAUCUCAAAUUGGAAAAUGUAAUCAUUACAAUAUGACCCAAAUAAUAACCUGUAAUAUAUAAUGGCUUCUUCUAUCAUUUCUUAAACACACUCCGUUUUUUCAGAAAUAUAUUCAGCGAUUUCAGAAAUAUAACAUGAAACGUGUGAAAUAUGAAACUCCAAUAAUCACUCUUUCUUUCCUAAACAGGCUACCACUUAAAGCAGAGCCCCAGACAUUCCCCCAAAUAUCACCUAAUCUGGAAAUUUCUCCAGAUUCUGAGAAGGGGAAGAGAUGGGUGGAAGAAAGUCUAAAAUGUUGCCAAAAAAGCACAAAGAGACUUUGCAUUCCCACUCCUGUUGUAUCUAAAUUUGCUGUGCUUGAAAAAAGGUAAAUACUGUGAUCACAUUAAUCAAAGGGGAGACAUCUUUUUUUUCUAUUGUUGAUGUUUGUUUUAACAAAUUGAGGUUUUAGCCUCUCCACUGGGUGCUGGAAGAAUUAGCCUGACCUUUUGUUUUCUGGUGUGUUUUUCUUCAAAUUCUUUAGACAUUAUAAUAACUAUGUCAGAUAUGGAAAAGAGGAGAAGAUCCCCGAUGUACCAUACUAUAUUCGGGUGACUCCACGAGAAACUAACCAACUAAUGACAUGUGCUCGGCCACCUAGGUAAGUGUAUCAUGAGACGCAGAAUGACUGACCAUAAUCCAAUAAGGUUAUCCAAAUAAACCUUCAGUGUCCUCAGUAAACCAAUACCCUGGUUCUCUCACUGCCUGUCUGUGUACACAGGAAACCAAUGAGAGAAGAACCACAGAUAGAGAAAGACGUCAAUGUUCUUUCUGAGCCAACAUCACAAAUCUCAAAUUGGAAUAUUUAAUUAUUACAAUACAACCCAAAUAGCAAUGCAUAAUAUCUAAUGGCUUCUUGUAUCAUCUCCUAAACACACUCUGUUAUUCCAGAGAUAUAACAUAACCACAGAUAGAGAAAGAUGUCAAUGUUCUUUCUGAGUCAACAUCACAAAUCACUGAGGAGUACUACAGCAAGUGCCUUACCAGGCAUUACCUAAUUUCUAUAAGAUAUGUAUUUUAAUAUAAACAGAAGUUUUAAUGGUACAAAGUAAACUAUUUACUGGAAUUACUGUAACCAGAAUGUAAUGUGCGUAACAUAAAUGAUCUGAUAGUGUCACUAUAAGCUGUGCAAUAAUGACUGAUAGAUAACGAGUGAUAGGGUAGCUGAAGGACUGAAAGUGAGAGGAAAGCUGAAGAGGAAUAAGAUAAGUGACAAAAUGAGCUGAUGGAUGGAAAGGGAGAAAGGGACAUAAUUGUUACAACUGUUUGUUAACUUUUUUUAUUUUUUAAUUGCAGAGACGCGUUCAUUUUCUCUAAGGUAAAGCCUACAUUAUGUCCAAAACAAUAUAAAACAACUAAAAAGGCUACAAAUGUCCAAGAAAAAGAAGUAGACAAAAAAGAACUGGAAAAUGAAAAAAAGUAUUCUGCAGAGUAUUGUACACACAAUAUUAUUCCACAGCCUGAAGCGGUCACAAGUCUAGAGGAUAUUCCCUGUCACUUGCUGCAGGCAAGGUCUCUAGAGCCUACAGAGGUUAUCACACAUCUAGAAGACAACACUUCUCUAGAAUGCCCUGUUUCUACUAUUGAACCUCAUACAAGUGGAUUAACAGAGGAAUUAUCAGUAAACCUUGUUCAGACACAGUUCACUUUAGGUUGUCCACAUGAGCCUACAAAUCUAGAUUCUCAGAACCCACUCACAGCUAUUUUACUACAGCCUACCUCUCUAGAGCCUACAGAGGUUAUCACACAUCUAGAAGACAACACUUCUCUAGAAUGUCCUGUUUCUACUAUUGAACCACAUACAAGUGGAUUAACAGAGGAAUUGUCAGUAAACCUUGUUCAGACACAGUUCACUUUAGGUUGUCCACGUGAGCCUACAAAUCUAGAUUCUCAGAACCCACUUACAGCUAUUUUACUACAGCCUACCUCUCUAGAGCCUACAGAGGUUAUCACACAUCUAGAAGACAACACUUCUCUAGAAUGCCCUGUUACUACUAUCGGACCUCAUACAAGUGGAUUGACAGAGGAGUUGCCAGUAAACCUUGGUCAGCCACAGUCCACUUUGGAUUGUCAACCUGAGCCUAUGAACCUAGAUUCUCAGGAGGCUGUCAAAGAUCAAGAUCCAGGUAUUCUGUUGGUGGGCCCAGUUUGUCCUGCCAAAUCAGGCACUAGUGAAAUGUUAGAGGAGCUGCCAGUAAACCUUGGCCAGCCACAGUCCACUUUGGAUUGUCAACCUGAGCCUAUGAAUCUACAUUCUCGGGAGGCUGUCAAAGAUCAAGAUCCAGGUAUUCUUCUAGUGGGCCCAGUUUGUCCGGCCAAAUCAAGCACUGGUGAAAUGUUAGAGGAGCUACCAGUAAGCUCUGACACUGUGAUUUAUCACUCCAAAACUACUUUGGAUUGCCCCACUGUUCAGCCAGAGGAAUUGCUUCUAAUCAAUCAAAAGGGUACCCCUGAGCAGGAACAAACUGAGAUGAAGACUAAUCAGCCAGGAAAACAUGUGUGUCUGAGCAGUGACCAUGAAGAGCAGCCAUUGCCAGAAGACAAAGAAAAAGAGCCACCUGGUGAGGCUGAUAUAGUUCGAAAGAAAAGUCAAGACCUUCCAGUACCUGUACUCCAAGAGAAGACAAAUAUUGAGACAAAGGUGGAAAGGAUACACUAUGACAGGGAAUCUUUACUUAAAUUCAAAUCUAUAACACAAGAGCCAAGGGAUUUGUCUGAGAUUGCAAAACUCUACCAAGGUAUGCUCAUUAGACCUCACCUUCGACCAGUGGAUCCAUCACGAUUUACCAACAGGAAAUGUACACCUCUAACUGCAAAUUUCAUCCACCCUGCUAAGAAUAAUUACAGACUGCCGUGUGGAAUGGGCCAAAUGAGGUCCCCGCAAGCUCCUGGUACAGAACUUCGCAAAAUCCUUCAAGUAAAUGAGAAUGUAAAACCGCAUACAUCUGAAAAGGCUUGGAAACCUCCCAUGAAAAGAGCAAAUGAAGAUCACACUCUUGCCAAGGCUCAAGAAUUGGUUCGCAAAGUUCGCAGCAUUCUAAAUAAAAUCACACCUCAGACAUUCCAGCACUUAACCAAGCAGGUGAAAGACCUCUCUAUACAUACAGAAUAUCAACUGAAAGGUGUUGUAGAAGUCAUAUUUGAAAAAGCAGUAGCAGAGCCACAUUUUGCUGUUGUAUACGCCAGCAUGUGCAACUGGCUAAUGAUGCUUGAGGUCCCAACGGAAGACAACCCUGAAGAAAGCAUUACAUUCCGUAGGCUGCUAAUAAGACUCUGCCAGAAGGAGUUUGAGGGAGGUGAAAAUGGGAAUGAAAGAAUUGAGAAACUUCAAAAGGAACUGGAUGCUGCCACAUCACCGAGGGAAAAGGCCCUACUAAAAGACGAAUUAAGUGAUGCUUGUAAUAAAGCACGCAGGCGAUACCAAGGAAACAUCAAAUUUAUUGGGGAGCUAUUUAAGCUAAAAUUUCUCUCUGAAGACACCAUGAAAGACUGCCUAAUGAAACUACUAAACAGGAACAGCGAGGAGUCCAUUGAAUGUAUCUGCCUUUUGCUCACUACAAUUGGAAAAUCCUUGGAAAAUGGACAGUGUCGCUUGGACAACUAUAUCAACAAGAUUGACAUCUUUAUUAAAAACCAGAAAACCUCUUCGCGGAUUCGAUUUUUGGUGCAGGAUGUGAUGGAAUUAAGAAAAAAUAACUGGGUACCUCGACAUACACCUCAGGGACCGAAAACAAUAGAGCAAAUUCAUAAAGAGGUAGAACUGGAAUCUAGACGAAAAGAGCAGUGA